AUGGCUUCUCUUGCUCCCCACUGCCAGACCCUCAUGGAGGCCAAGCAGGCCAGCGGCAAGACGUUUGCGGAGAUUGCGGCUGCCAUCGGCAAGCCUGAAGUGUGGACUGCGGCCCUGUUCUUUGGCAACGCCGUGACGGACGCGGAGACGGCGGCCAAGAUUGCGACAGAGAUUGGCCUCAAGGACGAAGUGGCCGUCAAGGGGCUGGCGGGUAAAGGACCUGGCAGCCUGGGCGUGGACGGGAUGAUUGUCCGCGGGCAGAACUGGGAGUGGCCGCCCAAGGAUCCCGUCCUGUACCGCCUCUACGAGGUCCUGGUGGUGUACGGAUACUCUUACAAGGCACUCAUCUACGAGAAGUUCGGCGACGGGAUCAUGAGUGCUAUCGGUUUCCGCACGUCUGUUGAACGCAAGGCGGACCCCAAGGGCGACCGUGUUGUGAUCACGCUGGACGGCAAGUUCCUUCCAUACUCUAGCCCGGAAGAGUGGUGA